AUGACAAUUAACGCACCUACAAGUGCUGCUGGACAACAGCAAGGAACUCAAACUGUUGAAAAAGAUGAAAUUUGGUCUACCAUCUUGACAGGUGUUGCUUCAUCAAAAAUGGUGCCCACGAAAAAGCUACUUGUAUUGGGCGAUCCUGGUAGUGGCAAAUCAACUUUAAUUCAUUAUCUGAAAAAUGAUCCUGGACCGCAAGUCAUCAAAAACGAUAAUGAUGAACCAGCAACAGCAGCAUCAGCAACGUUUGGCAUUAGCAGUAGCCAUAAUUACACUCCACUGCCUAUUGACAAUCUCGACGACGAUGCUACAAACACAUUGGCUUUGGGAUACAACUUUAUCGAUGUGCAAGAUGAAGACAAUGAAGCUAUUGCUCGCUUGGGUGUCUAUCAGUUGGGUCUUUCAGCUGUGGAAUAUAUGCCCUUGUUGAAAUUUGCACUAGGCGCUGAUACAUUGGCUGAUUCAGCUGUAAUCAUUGUGCUGGAUUGGACGCGUCCUUGGGAAUUUCUAGAGACAUUUCAACGAUGGAUCGACGUAUUGCAACACCGUAUGGACGAGAUUUGCAAAGAAGGAAGUGCUGGGGAGUCAUGGAGUCGAGGAAAAGCUGUAGUGGAUGAUCUUCGGGAAAAAGUUGAGCAUUAUCUCCAAACCUACACAGAGCCUGUACCUUUAAACACAUUCAGCAAUAUGGCUGCAUCCACAUCAACUGGAUCCGUACCUUCAACACCCACUACAUUUGUCACUCCAUUAGUCACUACCACUACUUCUGCAGAUCAAGUUACCUUGCCCUUGACACAAGGUACUUUGACCAAUAACUUGGGUAUCCCUAUCUUUGUCGUUUGUUGCAAGAGUGAUGCUCAAAACACACUGGAACAAACAUUGGACUACAAAGACGAGCAGUUUGAUUUCAUUCAGCAGACACUACGAUGUAUUUGCAUGAAAUUUGGCGCUGCAUUAUUUUAUACCUCGACGCUUCAACCCUAUACCUUCCACAACUUACGUCAAUAUAUCCUCCAUCGAUUAUUAACAACAGCUACGAAAUCAUAUCCGUUUAAAUUAAAGGCACAAGUAGUCGAGCGAGAUUCAGUACUUGUACCAGCAGGCUGGGACUCAUGGGGCAAAUUGCGUGUUCUGAGAGAAGGCUUUGAUUGCGAAGCUGUACAUCAAGGCUGGGAUUCGGAUAUGGAUGCUGUUACAGAUAGACAACAACCAGGCGCCCAUGGAUGUCGUGGCAACUACGAGGAAGUGAUUACCAACCCCAAUUCAACAGAACAGCCCUUGACCAAUGUGCCUCCCCCAGUGACCUGUGAAGACGAACAAGCAUUUUUGGAUAGACAUUUUGAGACGUUACAACAUGGCAGCGAAUUGCCAGGUAGAAAAGGAACAGGUGCUACUUUAGCUACUGCAAAUGCCACAACGAGACCGAGUGUCGUAGGUCCUUUGGGUGUGUCUUCUGCUUUGGACUUUGUACCUGAUCACCGCAGUGGAGUCGCUGGCAGUAGACACAAGGAUGUUUCUUCUCCUGAUAGUAACAUUAAGCUCUCAUCUAGCUCCAGUUCCACCACAACGAACACAUCCUCUGUAGCAACAAAGUUAUCCAGUUUGACAUCUGGACUAGGCAGCGGCGUAGGUGGGUCAGGAGGAGCCAUAUCAACAUCAGGAUCCAAUGCACCAUUAUCACCUAUCGAUACCAAUAGUAUGGCUUCUCCACUGGGAGGUGUCAAUCAACCUGGAGUUGCAGGCGCUGCAGCAGCAGCAGGAGGAGGCCCGUCGCACGAAGUGCUGGCUAAUUUUUUUCAAUCUUUGUUGGUUAAAAAGACAUCAUCGUCAUCUGGUGGUUCAUCGCCUACUGCUACAUCUCUACUAGGAGGGUCCAGCCUGAACGGCGGCUCUGCUGCAAGGGGAGGAGAUGAUGGUGAUUCUUCUCUUCAAUCUCCAUCAUCGACAGGUGCGUCUACGAGAAGACCCACGAUUAGCAGAAAAGAUGUUCACAAGGAACUUGAUCGCAUGCGACAAUAUGUGAAUAAGCCCUAA